GUGAGAUCUCCAUUAAAAGUGUAAUGUCAACUUUAGGCAAAAACUUGAUAAAUUACCAUGUUCCUGUUAUCCGGUCAACUUCUGAAGCAUUGAGUUCAAAUGAUCAAAAAAAUUUUAAACAACGACCGUACGGAGGGCGCCCGUUGCGAUUUGAAUGUGAAAAGUGCAAACAACGUUUUCACGCUCCAAGUCAUUUAAAUAGACAUCUGCUAAGCCAUGGUACUGAAAGACCUUUUCAAUGUGACGUUUGCAAGAAAGGUUUUGUACAAAAAUGGCAUUUAGAUCGUCACAGAACUGUUCAUUUCGGUAUAAAACCAUUCACUUGUCCUGACUGUGAAAAAUCAUUCGGAAGCCAAUUCCAAUUAAAGGUGCAUCAAAAUUUUAUUCAUAGAGGCAUAAAAGAACACGUGUGCAAACUUUGUCAAAAGACGUUUACAUUAAGAAGCAAUUUAAAAGUGCACAUGCGCAAACAUUCUGGAGAAAAACCUUAUCAAUGUCAAGUAUGCAACAUGCGUUUUACUCAAAGUGGACACCUACAGUCUCAUUACAACAGACACAAAGCGUUCAAAAAACCAUCUACUUCUCAAGUAUUUGAAGAAAUUAUUCAUGUUUUACCAAGAAACAUUCAGGAAAAUUUAGUGAGAAACAUCCAUGAUGAAAAGCUUACGCAAACGCAAUUUUAAAUUCUUAGGCAUACGCAAUUUUAAAUUCAACUGUUGUUAUGUUUAAUUAUAAGUGGUAUCCUUGCAUAAAAUUGUAUAUUUAUAAAUUUAAAAUAUAUUUAAAGCAUAAA